AUGUGUUCUCGAUUCUCGUGGGCCCUGCUGAUUGUGGGCAUGGCGUUGGCAAUCCAUCUGGCUAGCGGUGUGCCCAGUCCUAAGGCCAAAUCCGACAAACAGAAGCUGUUCCGGGUGGCUCGGGUCAGUCCAAUGGGCGUAAGUCGCCUUUUGAUGAUAGCCGUGACAGGAUAAUUGUUAAAAGAUCAUGUUUCUAAUAGUGUCUUAGGCUUGAUGACAUUUCAAAAUUUCAUCCCCGGAAUUUAAUGUUAUUGUUUAUGAACUUCAAACUGUUUUCUAUGAAUAACCAACCUGUCAUGACCAGGCUGUUUUGUUUUUAUUUUAUUCCUCUGACAAUAAAUACCAGGAUUCCAUCAGUUUCCUUAUGUGUCAUCUGACGUCGUCCAGUUCAUUUUCUUUACAGCAAAAUUUGCGCAAAGUUCAGGAACUUUAAUUUUGAUCCCUAAUCCCUUUAGAUGACAUUUCAGAGUUUCCCAUACUCUCUGGCAUACAUGCGAAUGAUGAGGCCGGCCCCAUCUUCGAUCCGACCAUUGGCCUCAUAUCAAUGGUUACAUAAGGCCGAGGCAGACAAUGAAUUGGCUGAAUUGAUCGAUUCCAUCGACGGACAAGCCAUUGGGGAUCGGGAGCGACGAUCAACAGGGCCAGUUUACAAAAGUAAGGAGGGUAAAUGUUAGUUAUCUUGAGUUGGCCCACCUCUUUCUAAAAUAAAGCUUUCCUAUGUAGCGCGCUUUAAAAGAAUUUAACGAUUCUUUCAGGAUAUGCAUGCCGUUUCAAGUUCUGUCGUAUUUUUGAUGCCUGA